AUGUUUGAUGAUUUCAGUGGUAAUGAAGACACUCCAACUCCUCCUCAAAAGCACUCUGACUUGCAACUUGACAAUGAUUCAGAUGAUGAAGAAGAUCCAGAUUAUAAGGAUAUUGAAUAUGACAAUGCUUUUAAUUUAACUGAUGAAGAAUUGAGGGCAAUUUGUCUGUGUAUACAAGAGGUGGCACUUCCAACUUGGGUAGCAAGACCUUUUACAAACCUUGGAGAAGCCAGCCAUGGUAAACUCAAAGCUGAUGUAUAUCUUGUCCUAUUUACAGUCAUUUUGCCUCAUGUACUUCCUGGGCUUUGGUGGAACAAAGGUAACAAGGAGGAGCUCUUUACUCUCCCCCACCUAUUCCUACUGGACUCCUACUGGAUUCCCGGAAUCCUACCGGACUGGACUAGGACUGGGACACAUUUUAUGUUGGCUGAUCACCAUACAAAUUUUGUAUCCUAG